AUGGCGGUGCAGCUGUGGCUGGAGAGCCUGAGGGCGGCUAAGAAGACCUGUAUCCUGCAGGACGGCAGAAGAAAAAUACAUUAUCUAUUUUCAGAUGGCAAGGAGAUGGUGGAAGAGUAUGACCACAAGACACAUGAGCUAUUGGUAAGAAAAUGGAGACAGAAAUCAGCUCUGGGUGCCCAUGGUGAAUGGCAGACAGAAGUUGGGGAAACGCCACCACCAGUGGUCGGAGAGUGCUACAAAAUGAUUUCUUAAAAGAAGACAGUUCCAAUCCUGUUUUUAUGCGGAAGGACACCAAAACAAGCUUUCAGUGGAGAAUCCGUAAUCUGCCUUACCCCAAAGAUGUAUAUAGUGUAACGGUAGACAAGACUGAGCGUUGCUGUAUUAUACGGACAACCAACAAGAAGUAUUAUAAAAAGUUCACCAUUCCAGACCUGGAUCGAUGUCACUUGGAACUGAAUGAGAGCGCUCUAAGUUUUGCCCAUGCAAACAACACUCUAAUUAUAACAUAUCAGAAACCAAAGGAAAUCCUGGCAGUGGAAGAAGAGCUGCAGAAGGAGCUCAACUCAUUGAAGACCAAUUCGGAGGGUGAUGUGGAGUGUAAGACUCAAUGA